AAGGAAAAAAAGAGCGAGACAGCCAGGGGAAGAGAAAGAUGUCACUGUCUCUAAGCUCUCUGUCAUUUUUAUUUUCAGCAGGCGCUGGGAGCUGGAGCUGCUAGAACAAUGCUGAGGCGGGUGAGGUGAGGAACAGCCCAGCCUGAAGGCCCCCGACGGAGCUUCUGAAACAGGUGAUCACACGAGCCGGAAACCAAGGCUACCUGGGCAUCCCUCCCCUCCCCUCAACCAGCCCAACGCCCCAGAGACAGUGGAGAACCAUGGCGACCAAUUUCAACGACAUCGUCAAACAAGGCUACGUGAAGAUGAAAAGCAGGAAGCUCGGGAUCUAUAGGCGCUGCUGGCUGGUGUUUCGGAAAUCCUCCAGCAAGGGGCCACAGCGGCUGGAAAAGUACCCAGAUGAGAAAUCAGUGUGCCUCCGAGGCUGCCCCAAGGUGACCGAGAUCAGCAACGUUAAGUGUGUCACACGGCUCCCCAAGGAGACCAAGCGGCAGGCAGUGGCCAUCAUCUUUGCGGACGACUCAGCACGAACGUUCACCUGUGACUCAGAGCUGGAGGCAGAGGAGUGGUACAAGACAUUGUCUGUGGAGUGUCUGGGGUCAAGGCUCAACGAUAUCAGUCUUGGGGAACCAGACCUCCUGGCCCCAGGGGUGCAAUGUGAGCAGACAGAUCGGUUCAAUGUCUUCCUGUUGCCCUGCCCUAACCUGGAUGUGUAUGGUGAGUGCAAGCUGCAGAUCACCCACGAAAACAUCUACCUCUGGGACAUACACAACCCCCGCGUGAAGCUCGUCUCGUGGCCCCUCUGCUCGCUGCGCCGCUAUGGCCGGGAUGCCACACGCUUUACCUUCGAGGCUGGCCGGAUGUGCGAUGCUGGGGAAGGGCUCUACACCUUCCAGACACAGGAGGGAGAGCAGAUUUACCAGCGGGUCCACAGUGCCACCCUGACCAUUGCCGAACAGCACAAGCGAGUCCUGCUUGAGAUGGAGAAGAAUGUGAGGCUGCUGAACAAGGGCACGGAGCACUACUCCUAUCCCUGCACGCCCACAACCAUGCUGCCCCGCAGUGCCUACUGGCACCACAUCACGGGCUCCCAGAACAUCGCUGAAGCCUCCAGCUAUGCAGGUGAGGGCUAUGGGGCAGCCCAGGCCAGCUCAGAAACAGACCUCCUCAACAGAUUCAUCCUGCUAAAGCCAAAGCCCAGGCAGGGGGACAGCUGUGAGGCCCAGACCCCAUCGCAGUGA